AAAAACGUUGGUAACUUUUGGAUUCUAAAAACAGAUAACAUAACAAAACGACUUGUAUUUCUUGACAAUGCUAAAGAUGUUGUUAUCAAUGAUGGCAUCUUAAUAGCUGAUGAAAGAUUAUUUGAAAUACACAAAAAUGGAAAAGGUGAAUAUAUAUUUCGCAAGAUAGAAGAUCUUAAUCCCGAAACAUACUUUACUUUGAGGAAUAUUCCACCAAGAAAAUUAGGGGAUUGUGAAGACACUACUGAUAAAGGUAAAACUGACCAGUGUCAAAUUCUAGCUCAGGAUGAAAGAACAUAUACAGAUCAUGUUUACGAAGAAAUACCAGUGGAUAAUCAAGCGGAACAAACAAGAGACAGGGUAUGUAACGAUAUGACGAAAGGACAUGAGAGGUUUGAUUUUGGGAGUACAGAGGUAGAUAAUGUAAUAAACGUAGUACAAAGUUCUACUGAAGGGAAAGAGUUUCAGGUAACAAUUAUGCCUUCAAAUCUGGUAAAAAGUUGUGGCAUUGGAGGAAAGAUGACACUUUUGAUACAAGAUAAGGACAUCGUUCUGAAAGAUUCUAUUUCGCAAAGUGAAAUUUACAGAUUUUCGAUGCGCUGGAUAAGACGCUUCUGGACAGAGAAAUCAUUAUUCUGUUUUGAAGUAGGCCGAAGGUGUCCGAUGGGAGAUGGACAAGUGUGCUGUAAAACAAAAAAGGAAGACAAAAUUUUGGAAAUAAUUAAGCAUAAAUGUCUUGAACUCAGAAAAAAUUGAAUGAUAAUAAUAAUGAAUAAUUUUUAAGUAUCAGUUUAUCAAAACAGUUGAUUUUUAUAGAAUAAGUAGAAUUGAUGUAAAAUCAUGUGUUUUCUUUCAUUGUAUAAGCAAUGUUUCACUCCAAUUACAAGAGAACGGUUUUUUUUUAUAUUUCUAAUGUUGUAAGCUUUGAUUUACAUGUGUUUCCUGAUUUGUUUCUGAUGAAGAACAUUGUUUGAUAAAUAAAGACUAUAAAGUAGCUUAAACCUACUCUGGAGUUUUUGACGUGCUGUUCUAUAUGCUUUCCUUGUUUACUUAGAGUAUGUCACUUCAGUUUACUUUUUCAAAAGUGUUUCCAAACAGCAUUUGUUCAAUGUAAUAUUUUUUAAGUGUUCAUGAACAAUAAAUUCAGUUUUGAACAUAUACUGUAUACUAGUAUGUCCCACUCCUCCAAGGAAUCCUUGACUAAUCUCAGUUAAAUUUAAAGGUCAGUGUCCAAAAUAUUCACGGGCAAAUUUUAAUAUUUGAUAAUGUAGAACAAAUCUAAGUUAGUUUAUUUUUCAUAAUGUACACGUAAAAUUAUCGGUAAUUGUCUUAGUAUAACCCUUAAAAUACCCGGUUUCACACAGAUGUACAAGUUGCUUCCUGUUAUGCAAGUGCGGCCUCAAACCGGAAUUGACUAACAUAUUAUCCCUAUGUAAAAUAUUAAUAGUUGCAGGCUAGGUUUCUCGUAGUGCGGAAAAGGUUAAAGCAGUACGCAGAUUCACAUGCUAAUUCUGAUGAAAAUUUCGAAAAAAAUAUUUAAAAGUAAAAUAUUGUGAAGUGAACAAAGAGAAUAAUGUUCACAUUGCAAACAUCACUAACAACCCAUUUUAAUUACAAACAACCCAUUUUAAUUACCAAAAAAGAUCAAAAUAUACAAAAAUAGCCCUUUCUGCGUUAAUAACGCUGUAGAAAUAUGUUGAAAAUUACUGCAAAAUAGGUCAUAAAUCACACAUAACAUGGAUAGUAUAACUUUUAUUUUGAAUCUAUUUACUUUUUUUUAAAUCUCAGUACUAUUUUUUAUUUGUCUUGAAAUAUUUUUGCUCAUCUGGAGGUAUGCAGCUUUAAAGCUGAAAAAUCAAAAUUUGUAUAUAAAAAG